GUUCACAUGGUGGAGGCAGCAGACCCACCGAAAUCAAAAAGCCACCACCAGGAGGAUCAAGAUUUGCAGCCACCAAAGAUCAAGAUUUGCAGUGAGUGGAUCGGUUUUGGAUCCCAAUCCAUUUUGGAUCUUGUGGGAUAUGGGUUUGGGGUACCAAUUGGUUUUGGAUCUUGGGUACCAAUCCGUUUUGGAUCUUUUGGGAGAUUGUAACUUUGAAAAUGGGUUUUGGGUACCAAUUCAUUUUAGAUCUUGUCGGAGAAGAUAACUUUGGAGAUAGGUUUUGGGUAGGAAUCCGUUUUAGAUAUUGUCGGAGAUGGGUUUUGAGUACCAAUCCUUCUGGAUCUUGUCGGAGAAGAUAACUUUGGAGAUAGGUUUUGGAUACGAAUCCGUUUUAGAUAUUGUCGGAGAUGGGUUUUGAGUACCAAUCCUUCUGGAUCUUGUCGGAGAUGGGUCAUCGACGAGUAGGCUCCAGUGAUAAAACUCUAGUUAUCUUCUUGGUUGAAUAUGAAAUUUAGGGUUCCGACGAGUGAAUCGACGGUCACGGUGAAGAUUAGAGAAUGUAGAGAGAAAGAAAGAGAGAAAUGCAUUUAAAUAUUAUAAUAAUAUUUUGACACAUGUCAUUAUUUCAUUGAUCAAAGACACGUGUAUACCUAGUCAGCGAUUAAAAAAUUAUUCAAAAAAAUCUAUCACAUUACUUAACUGCCACAUCAGCACAGUUAUAACAGAAGUUAGCACGAGGGGUCAUUUUGACCCAUUCUUUCAAGUAAAGGGGCUUGGAUGACCAAAAAAAAUUAGAAGGGCUCAAUGAAACCGUUUUGCAAAAUAAAAGGGUUUUUCUAAUACUUACCCCUUUUUUAAAAUUAAAUAAAAUAUUUUUUGUGCCGCUGCAGCGGACCCCCGGCACCCGCUUUUCCUCCUCUUUCUCUCUCCAUUCUUCCUUCGUCUCGUUCUCUCUCCAUUCUUUCUCCACUUUCUCUCUCCCUUCUUCCUUUAUCUAUCCACCCGUGUCGCCGCUGUUCGAUUGAGUCUCGUUGCCGCCGUUCGAUUGAGUCGUCCCUGCCGCCAGGUUUUGUCGCACCCUUUUUUGAGUCAUCAUCUAUUUUAUGAAAGAGGCCAGUUUUGUUCGAUAUGUAAGAUCAGCUUCGCUUCAACCUUAUUGGGUUCAGCUAACAUUAGGAAGCUAUCAGAAAUGGUCACAGGGCUAGCCAGAGGAAGUGUAUUUCAGCUCAAUAUUGCACAUUUGCAGAGAAGAGAAAGCCAUGGUCCAAAGGGGGGUGCACACGAUUUGCCAAAAAUUAGGUCUUUCCCUAAGAGCAAAGUUAUUUGCAGUCUCAGCCAGGAAAGAGUCUCAUCUACUCUUGAGGAACGUGAAAAGAGUAUGCCUCUUGUUAAAAUGUGUGGGAUUACAUCAGCGAGAGAUGCUGCUAUGGCCGCAGAGGCUGGUGCAGAUUUUAUUGGGAUGAUUCUUUGGCCCAAGUCAAAACGUUCCAUUUCACUUUCAGUUGCAAAGGAGAUUUCAAAAGUUGCGAAGACAUAUGGGGCGAUGCCUGUUGGGGUAUUUGUGGACGAUGAUGCGGACACAAUACUGAAGGCAGCUGAUGCAGCAGAUCUUGAGUUUGUACAGCUUCACGGAAACAAUUCUCGGAAAGCAUUUCCAUUUCUAGUGAGAGAGAAUCGCAUUAUAUAUGUUCUUCAUGCAAAUGAGGAUGGUAAACUCCUAAACCAUAUUUCCAAUGAGGAAGCUUCUCAAGUCGAUUGGAUUCUCGUGGAUAGUUCAACUGGGGGCAGUGGAAAAGGAUUCAAUUGGGCCCAGUUUCAGCUACCACAAAUUGAAAGCAAACAAGGGUGGCUCUUGGCAGGAGGGAUCCACCCCGAGAAUGUUUGUAAAGCCCUUUCUAUUCUCAAACCUCACGGAGUCGAUGUAAGCAGUGGCAUAUGCGGGUCAGAUGGCCUCCAGAAAGAUCAAUCACGGAUAUCUUCCUUUAUGAGCGCAAUACAUUCCGUCAAAUAUUGA